AUGGCGGCGCUGGGAAUUGGCUCCAGCCGCUGGUUAUAUGACCCUGGCAAACGACCCAAGUUCUCUCAGCGACUUGGCGAAGCGCUGCGCAACAGCAAAAUCACAUGGUAUCAGAUUCCCGUGGGACUGGGCAUAGGUUUCUUGGGCCUGGUUCAGUUUUACAAGGUCUCAUCGAGGGAGAGGGAAAGACAACGACAGGAGCAAGAAGGAAUCUCAUCACCAAAGCCACGGCCGAAAGUGCGCCCCGAAGGACCAUGGCAAGUCCAAGUUAUGUCCACUCUUCCGCUCAAGGCCAUCUCUCGACUUUGGGGCUGGUUUAAUGAGUUGACCAUUCCGUACUACCUGCGCGUUCCUGGCUUUAAACUCUACUCGUUCAUAUUUGGCGUCAAUCUCGACGAAGUGUCUGAACCUGAUCUUCAUGUGUACCCCAACCUCGCAGCCUUCUUCUACCGAACUCUCAAACCAGGUGCUCGCCCAUUGGAUCCAGACACCCAUGUGCUCCUCUCUCCGUCCGACGGCAAGGUUCUCCAGUUUGGUCAGAUUGAAAGCGGUGAUAUCGAGCAAGUCAAAGGCAUGACCUACAGCAUCGACGCGCUGCUGGGAAAGCAUACGCCUACAUCUAGCAUCUACAGUGGACUGUCUAACCAAGCCCGAGAGCACCCCCAACGCAGCCAUAGCGCACCUGUUGGUGAUGAAGAAAUUGUCAAGCAAGAAGAGGAAUUUGCAAGGGUCAACGGCAUCUCGUACACGCUUCCCGAUCUCAUGUCGGGUCCUAAAGACGCCCACUCGAAACACCCCGUAACCGACGAAUCUCUCAAGGCUUCAUCUCCCCGCGCCGUCUCCGAAGUUCGCGCCGAGCUUGCUCUGGGCGAGAAGCCUUGGUACGAUCUGCUUUCUCCCGACAAGACCACUUCUCUGUACUACGCCGUCAUCUAUCUCGCGCCGGGAGACUACCACCGCUUCCACUCGCCAACUAACUGGGUUGUCGAGAGCAGACGCCAUUUUGCAGGAGAACUCUACAGCGUUUCACCCUACUUGCAGCGCACCCUACCUGGCCUCUUUACCCUCAACGAACGUGUCGUCCUCCUUGGUCGCUGGCGCUGGGGUUUCUUCAGCUACGUCCCUGUUGGCGCUACUAACGUCGGCUCCAUCAAGAUCAACUUUGACCGCGAACUCCGCACCAACAGCCUCUUGACGGACACUGCCGCCGACCUUGCCGCCGAGGAAGCUGCCAAGCGCGGCGAGCCCUAUCUCGGCUUCGCAGAGGCGACUUACGAAGGCGCAAGCUCGGUGUUGCACGGACACGCACUCAGAAGAGGUGAAGAGAUGGGCGGCUUCCAGCUCGGCAGCACGAUUGUGUUGGUGUUUGAAGCGCCGGCUACGUUGAAGACUGCGGACGGACAGGAGAAGAAGGGGUGGGAGUGGGCGGUUGAAAAGGGGCAGAAGCUGAAGAUGGGACAGGCGCUGGGACGUGUGCUUGAGAAAUAA